GUCAGAUGCAGGCUCGUCCAGAGACACUUCAAAACCGCUGGCUGUGUAAUGUCUUUACUUUUGCCCGCUACGCUCUCGCUGUCGCACUGAGGGAGCGUUAAGAAGGCAGGACGCGCAGCGCGAUUGGGAUAGAAACCCCGCUCCCCAACGUUCUUAAUUACUUUAAUCUCUCCGCGUUUAGGAAAUUACAGCCCUACAAUCUCCAAUGAAGAUUCUGCUUAUUCUGUCAAGUUAUUAUCCGUGAGAAUUCGCUUUUUUCGCCAUGAGCUGCUUGGAUGUGAUGUAUCAAGUGUAUGGUCCACCACCUCAGCCUUAUUUUUCCGCAGCGUAUAGUCCAUAUCGUCACCAGAAAUUGGCAUUUUAUUCCAAAAUGCAAGAAGCGCAAGAGAGCAUCAGUGGGGGCAACUCGUUAUCGAACCUCCCGGGUCCGACGAUAAAGGAGGAGGACUGCGCGCGAGAGAAAGAUCACCCUCCAGAGGCCGAGUACCUGAACUCGCGAUGCGUGCUCUUCACCUACUUCCAGGGGGACAUCAGCUCAGUGGUGGACGAGCACUUCAGCCGGGCCCUCAACCAGCCCACCAGCUACGUCCCCGGGUCGGUCAGCAACAAGUCCGCACGAGGUAGACCUACAUCCACCUCUUGGAAAGAUGGAUCAUUCCCGAUGAGCCAGAGGAGUUUCCCCCCGUCCUUCUGGAGCAGUACGUACCAGCCCUCCUCCAUGAGCAGUGCCUUAGGAGCCUCCCACUCAGAGAUACCCUUCCCUGGGGACCCUUACUCCUCCGCCUCCCUACACAGCCACCUCCAACAUGCCACCCCGGAGCCCUGGCACCACUCACACCACCACCACCACCACCCCUACUCACUUGGUGGGGCCAUCGGCACCCAGGGCUCCGCCUACCCUCGACCCAGCAUGCACGAGGUGUACGGCACACACUUUGACCCCCGCUACAGUUCUCUGCUGGUGCCCUCCGUCCGGCCACACCGGCUCCCUCCAUCCACUGUCCCCGGGCCGAGCGCCUCACCGUGUGACAUUGGGAAGAGUGAGUCAGCCAGCUCGGCCUGGACCGGGACCUUCACAGGGGCAGGGGCAGACAUCAGCCAGAGCAUCGGCCUCAAUGUAGACGCAGGUCUGCAGGCCCAGGAUAAGAGCAAGGACUUGUACUGGUUUUAAAGCUCUGCUGCCCUCCAGGCCUGAGCUGGCCUCUGUGUUUCUCUGCACUGUGUGAUAUUGACAGACAUUUUCUGUAACAGAUUCUAAUCUCACUUGCAGCUCGACGCUACACCCUCUGUGGCGGAAACAUCCUCAGCUGAAAUUAUGCCAUUGUGGAGACCAUCUGCUGGAAAUGCAGUGGACAAGGGAGAGAAUCUAAAACUGAGUCUCUCCUACUUAAGAGAAAGGAGGGCAGGACUUGCUGGACAGCUUGCGAGAAAUACUAAGUGGUGUGACUGACAACUGUUAUCUGGCCAAGACUGAACGCUUUCAACUCCUCCAAAGAGGACACUUGUUGAAAAAUAAAAAAUAAAUAAAACCCUUUUAUGGUGAAUGUGUGAAACUGGAACAUCAAAAAUGAGAUUUGACAAGAGCACACUCAGAGACUGGACAAACACUAUUUGCCAUUGUUGUUUCUUUAUCCGUGAAAGGAGAGGAGCAAGAGAGAGGAGCAUUCUCUAACAUGACUGAAGUGAGCACCGGCUAUUUGAAGCCACUUGACUCAAUCUAUAAUGCUCCCCAGCAGCUGUCAACGACAACUGUUUCAGAACUCAACGGACACACGCAAUCGUACUGUCACUGCACAGUGUUUGACCAGGGGCUCCGGACUUCAUAAAAGGAGCAUUUUGUCAAAUCUGGACCCCGACCCACAGGGAACAACUGGUUUGACUGUUGAUUUUGAGGGGGAAGGGUGGACAGGGGGUAGCAGAAGUGGACACACAACUGUGCUAUGUAUGUAUGUCUGUGUGCGAUCUAUGGGCAGCUCUAUACAUGUGUAGGAUCUUAAUUUGAUAAUAAUUCACGUUUCCUGUUGCUGCAGGAUUAUUUUGCUGCUUUAGCAAACUGGCUCAAAUUAAGAUCCUACAUCUGUGAGAAUGUUGCAUUAAAGAUUGUGAUCUUUAUAAACGUAUUCCUCAUUGUUUUUCAGUCAUCCCAGGUAUAAAGCAAAGUCAAACGAAUACCCAUUUAAUAUUGUAUUGUGACCAUAUUAAUAUAUUGCCAUUUAAAGUAAAAUGUAAAUGUAAAUGUAAAGUAUUUUUUCUUGAUACAGUUCUGAUGUAAUGUCAAUGUGUUGCCUGUAACUAUAAAGCAAUGGCACAACGUGAUUAAAACUCAA